AUGGCAUCGAAUGGCGUCGUCGCUCCUGUCGCCUCUGACCAGGCGCAGGUUGUCGUCGAUGAACAACAACAGCAGCCCGAGCAGCAGCUCACUGCCCAGAUCUCCAAGCUUGAAAUAGCCGAGGAGAAACAGCAGCCUGAGCAGCAGCAAGAGGAACAACAGCCUCCCCACCGGUCCCACGAUCCCCAGUUCAACCAAAAGCGCAGCGACCCGUUUCAGUUCGGAUCUCGCUAUCUGCAAGAGCAGGACGACGUCUUUGAGUUCAACGCGUGGGACCAUGUCGAGACUGAUGACGCAUACAAGGAGUAUGCUGAACAGCAGUACGAGAUGCAGCGCAAUGCGCCCGUCUCGGACUUUGAUAAGCAUCGGUUCAACUCGGACCCUGCAAAGUGGUGGAACCAGUUCUACAAGAACAACACCGCCAACUUCUUCAAGGAUCGCAAGUGGCUUCAGCAAGAGUUCCCCAUCUUGGACAAGGUCACCUCUGAGGGAUACGGCCCCUGCACCCUCCUCGAAAUAGGAGCUGGCGCGGGCAACACAGCCUUCCCCAUCCUGUCCAAGAACAAGAACCCCGAACUGAAGAUCCACGCCUGUGAUUUCUCCAAGAAGGCCGUCGAGGUCAUGCGCUCGCACGAGGCCUACAACACGGACCAGAUGCAGGCCGAUGUGUGGGACGUGGCCGGCGACGAGCUGCCCCCUCACCUUGAGGAGAACUCGGUCGACGUCGCCCUCAUGGUGUUUAUCUUCUCUGCAUUGUCCCCGUUGCAGUGGAAGAAGGCCGUCGAGAAUGUCUACCGUGUGCUCAAGCCCGGCGGUGAAGUGUGCUUCCGUGACUAUGGAAGAGGAGACCUGGCUCAGGUCCGCUUCAAGAAGGGUCGUUAUCUGGACGAGAACUUCUACAUUCGUGGUGAUGGCACUCGCGUCUAUUUCUUUGAGCAAGACGAGCUAGCCGAUAUUUGGUCGGGCAAGUUGUUCACCAAGGAUAGUGAGGUCGAGGACGCUUCUGAGCCUGACAUCCGCUUCGUGAUUGAGGACCUUGGUGUCGAUCGUAGAUUGCUCGUCAACCGCGCAAAGAAGCUCAAGAUGUACCGUUGCUGGUUGCAGGGUCGCUUCAGGAAGCCAUUGCCGCAGUAGAACGAAUAAACAAUUGAUACCCAUUUCUCACCA